UUAUUGAUGGUCAAGUUGGAAAGUUUUGCAUGAAUAAUACCGGACAUUUGGCAGGGCUAAUUAAACAAACUGGUUUUAGAAUGCUCCGAAAAUAACAAUAAUCGCAAUAAUCACAGCACAGCCGGAGCAACACCACACCUGGCUGCUGCUGCUGCUGCCACCUUUUACGCGCCAAGGUAAAGCACGUGAACGAACAGCUGACUCACCAUGGAAACACCGCGCUCCACUUGUUUUGAAAGUGUAAUUCACUUUUUUUGGUUUUCUCGCAAAUUCUGAACUCUCUGAGAGAACAGCGAGCGAUCGCUGAUCGCUUUUUCCAGCUGUUUCGUGGCAUGAACGAGUCAAACGCUGCCUAACAUCCAAAGCGAGCAGACGCCACCAGUUGCCUUGCCAUCAGUUUAUAGUGCCCAGUGCCACUCAACUUAUCACCCGAACGUGCGCAUCUCACGUACCAGAUAAGGACAAAUAUCAACAACAUGACCAUCAAAGAAUUACAAGGCUGUCUGGGCGAUGUCUGCGAGACUGCGGAUCAGCAGAAUGGUUCCAGUAGCUACGCAGGAUAUUACUUUAGCUUCUGCACCCUCAUCUCGCACGUUCUUCUUACUGGGAUCACCGUGGCCAUCGUCUACAAGUGUUUGGUACUGAAGCUGGCGCACACGGCAGGACAUGCUUUCUACUGCACAAUUGCUUUUGUGUUCUUCAUGGGCGAGGCUUUGCUGGUGAGAAACAGCAGGAGUCUGGAGGCAUGGAUCGGAUCGACCAACUUGAAUCGCGUGCAUGCGGCGCUGGGGCUGCUGGCGUUCCUGGUCGGCGUCGGAGGUAUUGCCAUCAAGACAUGGCAGAAGCUGGAACGGAAACGAGAAGAUCCCAACGCUACGGUACGGCACUUCCGCAGCAAUCACGGCUUCUUUGGCAUAGUCGGCUGUGGUUUGCUGCUGGGCAGCGUGCUAAGCGGUCUCCCUCUGUAUUUCAUCGGCAGCAGUAGCGUCAGCUUGAAAUUCCUUCAUCGUUUCUUCGGCCUCACUGGCUUCCUCGCACUGAUGGUCUCGCAAAUGUUCGGCUACAAUACGGGCUUCGGGCGGCGCCAAUGGAAAGCCCACCACCAGAAACUGUUCAAAUUCUUUACAUUUAUUGCCACCAUAACUACCUCAAACUACGAAUUGCGAAGAUUUCUGCGUGAUAUCUUUGUACUGAUAUCGAAUAGUCUCUUCGCAGCAGAGCCAGUACAAACCAGAGAAGAUCUUUAAGUGCAUUAGGAAAUUUAUAACUGCCCUAGAAAGUAUGAAAACAAUUAGAUAGAAUAUGUAGAACUAGAAUUGGAUAUCAUCAGGAAAUGCAUAAUAAUUACUUCUAUAAAAAUCUCUCAAGAUUAAAUAUUUUGUUGUUUAUUUGUUGUGCCUUUAAUGGUAUUUGACAUAAUUAUACAGAGCUGCAUGUGAUAAUAUACUUUUGAUUAUUUGAGAGAUAAAAUACAUAAAAUUUUCUACAUAUUGUUGUUGUUGCUUUUAACGCUGUUAAUCAAUCACCAAAGGAUCAAAUCCUAUAACUAC